AAAAUGUUCUUUGAAUAUUUCAUUGGCUGCGAAUCCAUUAGACUCCAGCAUGGAGGCCUAUAUGUUUCUAUAUAUAAGACUCUUUCAGGCUGUGAAUGUCAAGGGGCAGGUUUUUCUCAUAGAGAAGAACUAGAGUAGCAAGGACAAAGGAGCAACAGGCCAGGUGCUACCUCAACAAACAGCAGCAGCAUUGUGCAGUCAUAACCUUCCUUUGUCACUAAGCAACAAGAAAUCGACCUCCAAAGAUUCUCUUCCCUGAAGACAUAUCCUCCAGAAGACAAAAGGAAAGUUUGCCUUUUCUGCUCCCUUCUUGGAAAGAUGCAAAGUGCUUUAGUAGGCUCCUGGCACAGCAGUGGCUUCUAUGGGCACUACAGAAGCCAAUUCAAGAGUGAAAGUGCUAGAGAAUACCGCCUUGCAGCCAAGCCCCAGCCUCCAGCAGUGUUCCUGCAGCGAUGUCAGGAGCCGGCACAGCAACACUUCUUCUCCAAGCAUGACAACCGUACUUCCUUUGACAAAGGCCCCUACUGCCUGCUGCAGGGAAUCGGAAGGCGGAAGGACCUGGAGCGUCUGUGGCAGCGGCACACCUUCCUGCGCUGGGCACCCUGUGAAAUGGAGUUGCGCCAGCAAGGGCCCCUGGAAUCUUCUUACGAGGCUGAUUUCCGACCAGGCCCAGGACUCAGUGGACUCCCCCAGCGCCUCGUCCACUUUGUGCAGGUCCAGCCUUCCCAUGCUAGGACCACCUACCAGCAGAACUUCUGCUACCCAUCCCGGGGUGGCCACUGUGGCAGCUACAAGGUAGGGCCCCAGGCGUUAGUCACCGACACACUGCCUGACCUCCCAGGGAUCCCAAGACCCAAGCUGCUGCAGCACUACCUUCAUGCUGGGGUCUCUGAGUGUCUAAACUGGUCCAGAGCAUUAAACGAGGACAGCUGACACAGCA